GCCAUGGGCUCCAGGCUCCUCUGCUGGGUGGCCCUUGGUCUCCUGGGAGCAGGCCCUGCGGAUGCUGAGGUCACUCAGAGCCCCAGACACCUGGUCACAGCAAGGGGUCAGCCAGUGACCCUGACAUGCAACUAUGAAUCUGGACACAACUCUGUGUACUGGUACCAGCAGGCUGUGGGCAAGGGCCCCAAGUUCCUCACUGAGUAUUACAAUGAGGAAGAGAGAGAGAAAGGAGACAUCCCUGCGCACUUCUCAGUCCAACAGUUCAAGAAGAACUCCAGCUCUGAGCUGAGCGUGAGCUCCGUGAAAGGGGCCGACUCUGCCCUGUACCUCUGUGCCAGCAGCCUCACAGCCCUGCCUGCUCGGCUGCCUCCUGCACAAAAACAGCCCUGGCCAGCCCAGGAAGUGGCAGGUCUGGGCCAGGCUGGUGUCACUCAGACCCCCACAUUCCAGCUCCUGAAGACAGGACAGAGUGUGACACUGAUGUGUGCUCAGGAUAUGGAUCAUAACUACAUGUACUGGUAUCGACAAGAUGAGGGGCAAGGGCUGAAGCUGGUCUAUUACUCAAUCACAACUAAGAGCGUGGAGAAAGGAGAAGUGGCUGAUGGGUACAGUGUCUCUAGAGAGGAGAAGAAGAGCUUCCCCCUCACGCUGGAGUCGGCUGUGCCCUCCCAGACAUCUGUGUACUGCUAA